AUGGAUGAUUACAAUCCGUUAGAUGCAUUUAUUGAUUCCAGUGAAUCCAGCCGUGAUGCAGAUGAUGGAAAAAGUGAUCGAACAGACAGUAGUUAUCGAUUGUCACAAAAGCGUUCUCUGAACGAAAUAUCAGAGGACACUAUUGUAGACGAGAAGGAAAGUCUAAAAGCUGGAUUAAAUAAGCCCAUUGCGAAGGAUUCGUUUGGAAUGCGAAUGCUUGAGAAAAUGGGCUUCAAACAGGGAGGAGGACUUGGUAAAGAUGGUAAUGGAAUAAAGGAACCGAUCCAAAUAAAGGUAAAGUCAAACAAACAAGGAAUUGGCAGUGAAGAGAGCGAAAGGAGGAGAAAGGAGGAGGAAAACUACAAUCGGAAUAUAAAGAUCAUCCGAGACCAGCUGCUCUAUAACAUGAGGAAGCAGCAAUUCGCUGAACGUGUCAAAGAGAGGGAAAACCAGAAAAGUGUAAUUCGGGAUCUCCGCCAAGCCCAGUUUGCUAUUGAGGUGCUGGAUGAAAAGCACGGCCGUUCGAGCAAUCCAUUACUACUCGCGGAUGAUGAUGAGUGCGACAUCGAUGUGCUUUCGAUGCAUCUGCGAAAGAUGAUUGAGUAUUUACGUUCCACGUACUUUUACUGCAUUUACUGCGGGUGUGAAUACAAUGAUGAGCAGGACCUUGCUACCAGCUGUCCUGGUUGGACGCGUGACGUUCACUAA